AUUGACCGCAUUCAUACUUGGAUUCUGGUUGAAGCUAUAAGUGAAUCAGUGAAACAAUAACAGAACGAAAUAUCUUCUGGUCUCCCCUGUUCAAUUUCAACAUCCAUCAUGGGGGAGAGUGAAGAUUUUCGCUACACUUACAUUCAGGACGUGACUUUGAAGUCCUUGAGAUUGAAACCAGACAAGUGGACUCGGAUGCUCGUUUCAGACGAGCAACGGACUUAUUUGACUAAUUUCAUCGAUCGAGGACAUCCACAGGAAUUGGUCAUCAGCCAGAAUUUUUCUGGCCAUCUUUUUAUUCACACCGAUUGGCCGUCCCAACUCAAAACCAAGGGCGUAUAUUUCGUCAAACGGGACAAGACCCCACUACCCAAGGAUAAUAUAAUGUCCGUUUUGACUUGCGGAGAUAUCCAUCCCAACUCCUUGGAUCAUUUCUGUGCUUGGGUCGAAGAGAUACUAGUCCCGCUUCUGAAAAAUGACAAGAACCUCGAGAAAUUUCCAAUAUGUGUUGCCGACGACAUCAAACGUCAAGUCCACGAAUUGGCCACUUCAGUCUAUCAAAUUCGUGGCCACAUCAAGGGCAAAACCUUGCUUCCAUUCCCUCAACAAGGGGAACGGCGGAUUCAGGAGGAGGAAAUGCGGGUUCGUGAGUCCAAUGGUGAGGUUUGCGACAUGACUUUAAAGAACAACAUUGAAGGCAUCAUCAUCAAAUGGGCGUAUCAAUCGGACGAGGUUCUGAGUAAGGACUCGGCCGAGUUGCUCAAUCGAGAAGGGCAGUAUCCCGGUCCAAUGGCGGAGGUUCAGUUCUGGGAAGCAAAGUGCAUGAACUUGGAGUCCUUGUACGAACAAAUGAAGGCCCAAACAACCAAAAGCAUGGCGGCCAUUUUGGAUUUGACCGACAGGUAG